CUUUGUUCGGCGGGAAGACGCUUCGUUUGAAAGAAGAAAAGUCAAAAUUUGCCGUUUGACUUUUGGCUUUUUAAACUACUGUUAUUGACAAAGAAACUGCUGUGGCUUUAGUUUUUCGUUGUAUUUUAAAGGCCUGACGGCUUUGCAACCGUUGGAGAAGCUUUUGCAGCGAAAAUAAGCGAACAUUUUACAACUUUCAUUCUCGAGCAAGCACUGAGCACAUGUUUAUAUUACAAAUAUGUACAACAUGCAAGCUCUGCACGCCAAUAAAAGAAAGCAAGAUACUUCAAAUUUUGCCACAGUAGACGAGGUUAUUUCUACGGGAGAGUUCAAUCCGGUAAGAAGUUUGUGUUUUGCGCUGUUAUUUUAGAAGUAGUGUAAAGUUUUAUUGUUUUAAUAGUAUUUUAUCGCAAGGCCAUUUGAUGAAUAGUUUGACACCAUAUUAAACAAUUAUUUGUAUUUUUGGAGAUUAAUUUAAUUAGUUCUGUUGUUUAAUUAGUUCUGUAGUUUAGCUGUUUGUAUAUCACGCAAUAAUUUUUGUAUUUGACCACAAUGAGAGAUUAUAACUCACACUUGCAGUUAGGAUUGGCUAUGGUCCCAAUACUGGACAUAUACUGUAUAUACAUGAUGUACUAUAAACCUUGUUGCAAAGGCUCUUGAAACUUGAAAGCCGAUUUACACUGCACAACUUUUGCCUAAAGUAUAUUGCAUGCAACUUGCUUACAAUUUGAGUUGUACUGUGUAAAUCAAGAACACAACGACAACGUAGGUGAGUUGUGCGCUUGAUUUACACAACACAACUGCCACAACUCAAGUUGUAAGCGGGUUGGAUUAGUGCCACCAUAGCUAUUUAUUUAGCUAUUACAACAAUAGAUUGCUCACCAACCACAUGUAAUUGUGCAAAUUACUUCGCAAAAUUCUCUUUGUUGACUCGUGCAGACGAACAAAAUUUGUACAAAACUAGCAUGUGUACUAAGUUAUAAAUAAAUGUAAUGGCGUAAAUCAGAUGGCAGCAGAAGUUAGGGAACCCUGUAAAUAUUGACACAACCAUCACAGUCUAAGGGACUGGACCUUUGGGAUCGAUUUUGGCCUGCAGAUAAAGUAUUUAUCCCAAUGAGCGCCACACUCUCCCCUAUCAUCUGGCAUUAGACAGAGUUAAUAAUAAAGUAGUGUGUGUUGGGGUGCAAUGCAACUUAAUGGGUUAAAUAGACACAUGGGUAGAUAGCCUGAUUAACAUUAAGCACUGCCACUCUCCUUUUGACUAGUAAAAUCAUCUGGCGUUAGGCAGGUAAAAUAAUAAAGUCUGCUGCGUUGGGGCGCAAUGCUAUUGGAUAACAGGCAUGAUUGGAGCAUCCCCAAAUAACUAUAGACUGUAAUUAUCAAAUUUUAUCUUUCACUAGAAAAAGCAACGUCUGAGCUAUGAACAGCACCCCGUGAACAGCGAACAAACCCAAUAUAAUGGUAACAAUGUAAUGAUCAAUGAUUUGUCCCAAAUGAAUGGCCAUUCUCAAGUCAAUAACAACUAUAUAGAAAGUGAUGGUGGUCAUUUGCAAGAAUUGAAUGCAAAUACCAAUGGUCAGAUGGGAAAUGGUGAUGACAGAGUCUCUGAGCCGAUGGAAUGUUCUGAAGAACAAGUCGACCAUACCAAGGCUCAAGUGAAUGGAAACUUGACGUCAACUUCCUAUGGAAAAUUCUGUCCUCAUGGCCAUCUGAAUAUGUGUACAACAUACAAGUAAGUGUAGACAAAGUAUCAGGGCCACUGAGAGGGGGGGGGGGGGGCGGGGGGCAAAUUGCCCUAGGCCCCCCCCUUAAUGGGC